CUGUAUCCUGUCGAUAAACUUUUGGAAAUUCCGGAAUUCAAAAUGGCUUCGGACCUCAUCAACAAGGUGGCAGAAAACCUGACAGUUUUGCUAGGCUUCUCAGAGUCCCUUCGGCGAGCUAACCUUCCUUCUGACCCUUCCGAACACUCUUCUCUCCUUUUAUCACCACCUUCAGACUCAAUCUCAGCCCCAUCUUUACCUAUCACCUGA